AUGACGCUGGAUCAUAUUCCGAUAAGACUGGUAGACGGCGGAAGUCGCUGUGCCGGAAGGGUUGAAGUUUACUACAACGGAACCUGGGGUACCGUAUGCGAUGAUUCUUGGGAUUUAACAGAUGCCCAUGUUGUCUGCAAAGAACUGAAUUGUGGGUAUGCUGUUGAUGCCAUGGUUUCCAGUUGGUUUGGGGAAGGUUCAGGUCCUAUUUGGAUGGACAACGUGAAUUGUUCAGCGCAUAAUUCGGCCUUGUGGCAAUGUUUGGCGAGACCAUGGGGACAGAACGAUUGCAUUCAUAAAGAAGUUGCUGGAGUUAUUUGCUCGGAUCACAGGGAUAUAAGGUUGGCGAAUGGGAAGAAUCCCUGCCAGGGCAGACUUGAAGUUUUCUUUAACGGGACAUGGGGCACCGUUUGUUCUGAUUCUUUUGUUAUGGAGAAUGCAGAAGUGGUUUGCGCCCAGCUCAACUGUGGCACAGCAACAUCUGUAGAAAACAAUGCGGCAUUUGGAGAGGGAUCUGGACCGAUCUGGCUCGAUGAUGUGAGAUGUCGCUCAGACGACUCAGAUUUAUGGCAAUGCCCAUCUUCACCCUGGGACCAACAUAACUGUAACCACGGGGAGGAUGUCGGUGUCAUUUGUUCAGGUAAUAAUCUGCAAAUGGAGCUCGUGGCAGGGUUCGAUAAUUGCUCUGGAAGGGUUGAAGCUUUCUUCAAUGGGAUGUGGGGAACGGUGUGCGACGAUUCCUGGGAUAGCCACGAUGUUUCAGUCGUCUGUAGACAAUUAAACUGUGGAGAUCCCGUCUCGGCUUCCGCCGGGAUGUUGUUUCCUCAAGGAAACGGCACUAUUUGGAUGGACGAGGUUAAAUGCAAAGGGAGUGAGCUCUUCCUAUGGGAUUGCCAAUUUUCUGCAAUGGGUCUCCAUGAUUGUGGACACAAAGAAGAUGUCGGAGUGAUAUGUUCUGGCGUUAGAAAAUGGCAGUCGCCUAUGACUGGGAUUCCUGAGACGUUUUACGAGGAGAUCGACAUUCAUGUGUCUGGGGCAAGACUAGUUUUAGAGGUUUCCCCGGUGAUGAAGAGACGUUUUUCGAAAACGUUGGAAGAGCAAGAGGGAUGGCGAUCUUCCGACAUCCAGGAACGGAUGAUCAACUGA